AUGCCGCCAGCGAGAUCCAGGCGAAUGAUCCGUGGCUCUUCCCAGACCGAGACCCCAUCUUCUUGGAGUACGUCCCAUCGUCGCUCAGAGAAUCCUCGACCAAAUCGAUCUCCGCGAUCCUCUGCUUCUGACCCAGCCCAUUCUCGAAAUGGGCUCCCUCGACCCAACAUCGUCUCCGUACAAGACGCGAAUGAGGACUUCAUGGAACAGAUCAUUGUUGCAGUCGACAUGAGGGACACGGGCACCGUGGGCUGUGCCUAUUACAUCGCAAGCGAGGAACGCCUCUUGUGCAUGGAAGAAAUAAAUGGUGGAGGCGUUGAUGUGGUCGAAAAGUUGAAGAUUGACCUGCAGCCUACCACCCUCCUCUUGUCUACGCGCUCGGAUUCUGCCCUCAAUCAGAUCAACGGACACCCGAGACAACGCCACUCGUCCCUGGUCAAGAACGAUGAUGGCCACAAUCCGCUGCCUUACGAUUUGGAGAUCCGACCUUCGGCUGAGUUUGAAUUCAACAGUGCAUUGAAUAGACUGCUCGCCCUGCAGUUCACCCUGGAUCCGGGGAAGAAUGUUCAAUUUCUGGUUCCUGGGCCACCUGCCUCAUACGACCAAGAUUUGUUGCCAGAGGACCUGGGCUUAUCGACACGAAAAGGACGAUUUCUCCAGUUAUCCUCAUAUCUCAAUCUGGACAAUAGGAUCAGCCUCGGAUGUGCUGGGGCCAUUGCCGGUCAUUUGCAAAGAAAACGAGCUUCAGAAUUCUUGCCUGAUGAUCCCAAUGCAAAUCUAGUGUGGCGGGUCACUGCCCUGGACAUGUUCAGUUUGAAAGACACCAUGAUGAUCAAUGCAGACUCUCUCGCGUCCCUUCAGAUCCUCCAAGGAGAGUCCCACCCCAAAACCUUCAAUCAAGGUCCUGGCACAUCGGGUACCAAGGAGUCUUUAUCGCUAUUUGGUCUCUUCCAAAACCAUGCACGUACCUCUCAAGGUAAAGCUGCUCUCCGUCGCAGCUUUCUGCGCCCAACUCUCAACGUGGAUGAAAUUCAGGGUCGCCUUGACUUCAUCUCCGUCUUUGUUCGCCCGGAUAACCAGACCAACUGCCAGAAACUCAGUAAAAGCCUGAGCAAAGUGAAAAACAUGCGAACGACGAUCGUCUUGCUCCACAAAGGCAUCGAUGGCGGAAGGCAGAAGCAAAGUACUUUCAAAGGUGGUGUCUGGUCAUCCCUGAUAGAAUUCUGCUACCACGCAAUAGAUGUCGUAGAGACGCUUGGUGAGGUCCUUGGUGCAUCGCAAUUGCCUAUCUGUGCGCGUGUGUUCGACACCCUCGACCGCUUUCACAUGCAGCGAAUCGGCCACAUCAUCUUUGAAACUGUCGACCUCGAAUCUUCAGCUGAUCAGCACCGCACUGUGGUCAAGAGAGGUGUCAAUGACCAGCUUGACGAGGUUAAGAAUGUCUAUGACGGGAUGGACGACAUGCUCUCGCGGAAAGCCAUCGAGAUUGCUAGCCUGUUGCCCCUUGGAGUGAACAUUGCUCUCAAUGUUAUCUACUUCCCGCACCUUGGAUUCCACCUGACGGUGCCGCUUGAUAAAAUCACGGGGCAAGCGGUCUAUGAUGGGGCGGACCUUGGCUGGGAGUGUAUGUUCACCACAACGAACCAGGUUUACUUUAAGGACAGCAACACUCACGAGAUGGACCACGACCUCGGUGAUCUUUAUGCCGUCAUUUGCGAUUACGAGAUCGAGAUAGCGCAUGAUCUUGCACAAGAUAUCUUGGCGCAUGAAAAGUUACUUAUCACAGUAUCGGAUCUCUGUGGCGAGUUGGACUGUUUGUUGGCGCUAGCACAUGCGGCCCGUCAAUACAAAUUGACGCGACCACAGAUCACGGAAGAGAACAUUAUUGAAAUCAAAGGUGGCCGACAUCUCCUGCAUGAGAUGAGUGUUCCAGCCUUUGUGACAAAUGACACGCUCUUGGUGGGAGGCGGAUGCGGAGAAGAUGACGCCGGCAGUAGUGCGGCUUCAUCGAAAACAGGGCCGAGUAUGAUCCUACUGACAGGGCCGAACUACUCGGGGAAAUCAGUCUACCAAAAACAGGUUGCCCUUGUGGUCUACAUGGCCCAUGUAGGCAGCUAUGUGCCAGCUGCAUGUGCAACCAUAGGCAUCACAGACAAGAUCCUGACCCGCAUUGCCAGCCGCGAGACGGUCUCCAAGGUCCAGUCGGCAUUCAUGAUUGACAUCCAACAGACUGCCAUCGCACUAAGCUCAUGUACGCGGCGAAGUCUUGUGGUCAUUGACGAGUUUGGCAAAGGAACGGACACUUGCGAUGGUGCUGGCCUUGCGGCAGGGCUGUUCUGUCAUCUGCUUUCGCUAGGUCCUGACGCUCCCAAGACUGUCGCUGCAACGCACUUCCAUGAGAUCUUUGAUCUGGGACUGUUUGACAGGUUUGCUAAUGUUGCCUUCGCGCACAUGGAAGUCCGUGUAAGUAAACAAGGUGAUGGAUACACUGCUGGGAAGCACGAUGUUGAGGUAGCAUAUCUCUAUAAUCUUCAUGCGGGCAAGAGUGACCUUUCUUACGGCGCGCAAUGCGCAGCGUUGAAUGGAGUGCCCGUGGAAGUGGUGGAGAGGGCAGCUCAACUGGCUAGGAUGUCGGGGAGGGGUGAGGACCUGGUAACGACGUGUUCGACGUUAUCAGAACGCGACGGCGAGGAAUUAUGGGAUGCCGAGUCAGCAGCCCGAAAAUUCUUAAGCAUGAGGUUUGACGAGAAAAUGGUCGAGGUUGAGCUCAUGGGUGCUCUCGACUCCAUGCUUGGACCUGUUGAUGAAGAACCCGAUGAACUUUCUGUCCUUGCGUCUUGA